GCGGCUGCCUGUGAGAUUGUUCAAACAAUCGGUAAAAUUAUUCUAGGCAUGGGCACUAGGAAGGCUUUCGUGAUUUUAAACACGUAGCCGAAGUACGUCAUUGCUAUAAUGGCUUUGCAAUAGAGGCCUGUCGUUCAUCAACCGAACAGUCAGUAGGAGGUGGUCCAAUCAACACUUGGUUAACACUUAGCACAGUGGCCGGACUGCAUGACAAUGUCAUCUGUACACACAACACAAUUACAGCCAGCCAUCAAGUGAUACUGGCCUGAAAUCACAAGCUUAAGACUUUACAACACACGGUAAAUGCACAAUAUUUCACCGUGCAAAGCACAGACGUGCAUAUGCUGUAGACGAUUUGCUUGAUCCGAUUAGUGCAUUACGUUCACAGCAACACUACACGACUCGAUGUUCGUCCUGCAGCAACAGACAGAAGGCUCUCUAGAGUCUGGAGCAGGCCGUAUAAUGGCUAUACGUUAUAUUAUGGCUCCCCCCACCCGUCUGUUCCAUUCUGGGUGUAUAAUGUUAUUUUCUGGUCGGAAGGUUUGGCUAGCAUACCUAAUUCUUGUUUUCGAGGCGACAGUCGUGUUUGGACUUCUGCUGGCAAGGUCCUUCAGCUACUAUCACGGCGUGGGAUCAUUCGGUAUUCUAAAGGAAAUACUAACAGGAGGAGCCUGGUACUUUAUAUGCAUCAUAUGCAUGGGAUUUGCAAACAUGAUGCUGCUACUUUACGCAGAGUUCUCUGUUCCACUUUAAGCAAUCGACUUCUCUUGCAACUUCAGCAAAUCGACCGCAGACAAGUUACUUCCGAAGUCUCAGCUCCGACCACAGAGAUAAACUUCAGGUCGGCUCCUACAGUGUCAACAUUCUGCCGUAACGAAUCGGACUACUCAUCCCCGCGGGAACAGAGCAACCGGACAGAGAGCUCUGAUCAACCAGACGAAGGGCUCGCCAUCAUACCCGGUGCAAGGGACAUGAGCACAAGAGGAUCGUAGUGAAUCGGAUGGUUCGAUGGAAACACUUACAGAAUUCCUCAGAUGAACUUGAAAGUAGGAAGUCACGAUUGUGUAAAGGUUGGAGGUAUAUAGGUACAGGCAGAAUCCGGGAAGGCUCAGUGUUGGCAGUCACAUUUGGGUAGCGGGGUAUUUAUGUGCUAAGUCAUAGUGCGUGUUAAUUUGGUGCAGCCAGGGAUGCGUCAUGCCCAACGAAAAGUGUUAGAUUUUACAGUGAAGCAAAAGACAGUUGCAUCUUUUCUAUCUCCUGCCAGUGAUCAUCCCCAUUUUACACCUCCUCACC